CCGCCGGGCUCUGGCUCACGGAUUCGAGGUGGAGCCGAGUCGCCAUUUUCCUCCAGCUCCCCGUCCUGUGUCACCUGUGCGGCGGUCGCCAGCGCCGGGAAUAGCGGCGGUUGGGAUCCGUCACCCUUCCUCCAUGCUCGGGUGUGCGGCUGGUCUGAUCACACCGGAUCCCCUCCAGACCUGAUCCACUCUCCGUGUCCCCUCAUCGUCCCUCAACACCCCCCGAGCCGCCGCCAUGUCCGGACAGAGCAUCACCGACCGCAUCACGGCGGCGCAGCACAGUGUCACCGGCUCCGCCGUCUCCAAAACCGUGUGCAAGGCCACCACCCACGAGGUCAUGGGCCCCAAGAAGAAGCACCUGGACUAUUUGAUCCAGUGUACGAAUGAGAUGAAUGUAAACAUCCCACAUCUGGCAGACACUUUAUUCGAAAGAACGACCAACAGCAGCUGGGUCGUGGUCUUCAAGUCCUUGAUUACAACGCACCACCUCAUGGUGUAUGGCAACGAGCGCUUUAUCCAGUAUCUGGCAUCCCGGAAUACUUUAUUCAAUUUGAGCAAUUUCUUGGACAAGAGUGGACUUCAAGGUUAUGACAUGUCCACCUUUAUAAGACGCUAUAGCCGAUACCUGAACGAGAAGGCUGUUUCUUACAGGCAAGUCGCUUUCGACUUCACCAAAGUAAAGCGAGGGGCUGAUGGCGUCAUGAGGACAAUGAACACAGAAAAGUUGCUGAAGACGAUGCCCAUUAUACAGAACCAAAUGGAUGCCCUGCUUGAUUUCAAUGUAAAUGCCAACGAGCUGACAAAUGGAGUCAUUAAUGCUGCUUUCAUGCUGCUCUUCAAGGAUGCCAUCAGAUUGUUUGCCGCAUACAACGAAGGGAUAAUUAAUUUGUUAGAAAAAUAUUUUGAUAUGAAGAAGAACCAGUGUAAGGACGGGUUGGAUAUUUACAAGAAGUUCCUCACCAGAAUGACACGGAUUUCCGAGUUUUUAAAAGUUGCUGAGCAAGUCGGAAUUGACAGAGGAGACAUCCCCGAUCUAUCUCAGGCUCCAAGCAGUUUGCUCGAUGCCCUGGAACAACAUCUUGCCUCUCUAGAAGGGAAGAAAAUCAAAGACUCCACAGCAGCGAGCAGGGCUACCACACUUUCCAAUGCAGUCUCAUCGCUCGCGAGCACAGGCCUCUCCCUCACCAGAGUGGAUGAAAGGGAAAAGCAGGCAGCGCUUGAGGAAGAACAGGCUCGAUUGAAAGCUUUAAAGGAGCAGCGUCUAAAGGAGCUUUCCAAAAAACCUCACAACGCCUCUACGACUGCCUCCUCCCCCGUGUCCUCCUCAGCAGGCAGUAUAAACACCACUGCCGCCAUUGACCUGUUUGCAACACCAGGUUCAUUAAACAGCACUUCCAAGCUGCCAAAUGACUUGCUUGACAUGCAGCCAAGUUUCCAGCCAGCUGUGCAUCCGCUGAGCGCCGUGCCACAAGUAGCGAGUACAUGGGGAGAUCCAUUCUCUUCUGAAGCUGGCGAUGAGACCAUCUCAAACCUAAAUCCUUUCCUAAGUAAACCUAGUGAUGGUGCCCACCUACCGGGUAUAAGCACUGACACUGCCAGCUUCACAGCUAAGACUCCUAACCAUGACAUAUUUAUUGAUUCGUUCUGUGGGCCUCAAGUCUAUUCCAAUGCUUCCCAUUUCCAUACUGAACCCUCAAUAGCUGGCCUAUAUGGAGGGUUCACCCCAUCACUAGCUGUUCAACCACAGACCUCUGGUGGCCUUAAUGUCGACUUUGAUUCUGUUUUUGGCAACAAGUCUCUCUCUAACAUCAAUGUAGACUCCGCCGGUUUUGACGACAUGGGUGGACUCCUCAGACCAACACUAGCUUUACAAAACGCAAGUGCUCCCUCCAAAAACGCACCAUCCAAGCUGGUGUCUGACGACUUGGACUCCUCGCUGGCCAACUUAGUGGGCAAUCUGGGCAUCGGGAACGGAACAACAAAGAAAAAUGAUGUUCAUUGGAAUCAACCCGGAGAAAAGAGACUAACAGGAGGAACUAACUGGCAGCCAAGGUUGGCCCCCACCACCACCUGGAACCCAGCCACCCUGAAUGGCAUGCAUUUUCCAUCAUACGCACCGCCAAUCAUGGCCUAUCCAGCCACAACGCCUACAGGAAUAUCUGCAUUUGGAAUGCCUCCUCAGAUGGGAAAUGUGCCAGUAAUAUCACAACAAGCAUUAAUAUACAACCAACCUGUAAUGAGACCACCUAAUCCUUUUGGUCCUGUAUCAGGAGCACAGUUGUCUGCAGCUUCCAGCCCAUCCAGUCAGAGUCCUCACAGAGCGCCUGGGAAGGACCCCUAUCCACAGCUCUCAUUACAGGAUUUCUUGUAGGACCAUUUAGAUGCAAUUCAUGUAAUCAGCUGGACGGGAGUUCCCUUUUUAGAAGAGGCUACGUAACAAAUCCCUACUUCCAGUCAAAUUCAAAGCUGCUGAUAAGCUCCACACUUCCACACAAAUCGGUACCAGAAAGAGCUGUUGGGGCCCCCAGCAAUAUAGAAGCUCUCCCUGAGAAGCCAGGGGU